AUCCACGCUGGCGAACACCUAGAGGAAUUCUUAGACGAGUAUGGCAUAAGCCAGUCCCAGUUCGCCAAAAUCAUCGGCGUAAGCCCGUCCCGCAUCAACCGCAUCAUCAACAGGCAGAGCCCCAUCACGGCAGAAAUGGCGCUGCGAAUCGGUCGAGCCUUCAGAAUGAGCGCCGAGACGUGGAUGAACCUCCAGCAAAUGUACGACUUGGAGGUUGCGCGUGCCGCAAUUGAUGUCAGCGGCAUAGAGCCGCUCGUAGAUGAACUUCCCGACGACUGGACACCCCCGCUCGAAGCGGAGCGCCCGGAGCACGCGGAACGCUCCCAAGACCUGGCAAGCAGCGCGGCGGCAACAUAA